UCUUUCAUAUUCACAAUCACAACACACAACACUAAUAAACUUACACUCAAGAGUACAAAGAAGUAUCCAGAGAGUUAACAAACGUUUUCCAAUACUAAGUGAAAAAAAUGGGAGCUUGCGUUUCACAUGAAUCUUCAAGGAGCGAUUCAGCGAAGCUUAUAUUGCUGGACGGUACUUUACAAGAGUUCUCAACUACGGUCAAAGUUUGGCAGAUUCUGCAGAAGAACCCUACGUGUUUCGUCUGUAACUCAGACGAAAUGGAUUUCGACGACGCCGUUUCAGCUGUAGCCGGCAACGAGGAGCUCCGAUCAGGGCAGCUUUACUUCGUUUUACCUCUGACGUGGCUCAAUCAUCCGUUAAAAGCGGAGGAAAUGGCGGCCUUGGCUGUUAAAGCUAGUUCAGCUUUAACCAAAAGCGGCGGAGUCGGUUGGGUUUCCGGCGACGGAGAUGCAUCGGUUUCGGAAAAAACUUACCAAAAGAAAAAUAUCGCCGGAGUGAAGACGAACGGUGGUGGUGGAAGAGGUUGUGGCAAAGGGAAGAGGCGAUUUACGGCUAACUUGACCACCAUCGCCGAGUAGCUGCAACUAGCUAGCUAUGGUCAAAUUUUAGUUAUUUUGAGGAAAAAAUAAUUCGACCAAGACGUAUAAACUGUAAUUAGGCAUGUUUGACUUUUUUUUUUUUGGAGAAAAACAAUUUAUCCAAUUAAAUAGAUCCUUUUUUUUUUAUUGCAUAAAAAUUGAGAAAUGGGCACGAUCGAGGAUGAUAUAGAUUCCAUUGAUGUGAUUCCUAUCUUAAUAAUGACAAUGCAAUUUCAUAUGUAUAUAUAUAUAUGAAUCCUUUCAUGCGUAA